AUUCAUUCAGGAACAAAACACCGUCAUGUUGCUCAGAGACGUAAAGCAUUGCUGUGGUUGUUUGGAAUUAUUUUUUUUGUUGGCGAAAUGGAGCAAAAACAGGCAAUAUGGUGUCUAAAACUUUUGUUUCAGAACCACAACUAUGAUGGUAGGUACACUAUAGGUUGUGAAACCGAGCUAGAGAGCGAGAGUGGUGGGAGAUAAGAACAACAUAAUAACGUCUGUGCUUAGAAGGAGAGGAAAUUGGGCAAGCAAGCAACCUCACAGAGGUAAAGAACAGUUCAGUUCUCAGUGAAGACCCUCAUCGAUCGCUCAUGUUUUGAGACGAUAGACGACACGUCUGCUGAGUUCAUCAACUUUGUUUCCAUUCUAGAACAUAUUCUCAGCCAUAGACUGAAAGGUCAGGUCAGCUGGUUUGGCUACGAGAGCCCGCGCAGUUUCUGGGAUUACAUACGUGUGGCGUCUAGUAAAGUCCCGCAUAGCUGCAUCCACAGCAUCGAGAACAUGGAGAACGUCCGCAGCUCUAGAGCAAAGGGUCGUGCCUGGAUAAGAGUGGCGUUAAUGGAGAAGCGUUUGUCUGAAUAUAUCUCUGCAGCUCUGAGAGACUUCAAAACUACAAGGAGGUUUUAUGAGGAGGGGGCUGUAGUUCUGGGUGAGGAGGCGGGGCUUCUGGCCGAUACUCUGAUUGGACUGAAUGCCAUUGACUUCAGUUUCUGUCUGAAAGGGGAGGGGCUUGAUGAGAGCUGUCCCGUUGUCAUUGACUACACACCGUACCUAAAAUUCACACAGACUUCUGACAGCAUUAGCAGCGAUGAGGAGGAAAUGAGAACGCUGGGCAGCAGCGGCAGUGAAGCAGGCACUCCUGAAUCCCACAUGGCCGCCAGCCUGAUGGCCGAUCAGAGCACCUGGUACAGCAAGAGCAAAAGACUAGAGCAGAAAUACAGAGUCGUGCUGGAACAGAAGGGUUAUCUGGAGGAGCUGGUGCGUCUGAGGGAAGCUCAGCUCUCUGAGUCUGUCUCUCAGAAUAAAUCUCUACUGCAACGACUCAAAGACACCGAAAUCAGCCACAAACUGGAGAAAGAGCAGCUGGAGAUCAUCAUACUGGAGCUGCAGGAUCAGCUGACGGUGAUGAAGAACCAUGACAUUCGCUCCAGACAGGAGCUUACCUCGCACCUGACAAACCAAUGGCCCUCACCUGGUGCCUUGGAUACCAAUGCAGUUGCCUUGGAUACGCUCCUGUACAGGAAACGCACAGGACCAUGGGAAGAGAAAAGCUUCCAGAGUUUGGAGCAGCUUUCUGCAGAUAUGAGUCUCUCUCAGAUGUCUCUGGAGCCAGCACAACUGAACACACACAGUCUGGACAGCAAGGCAGGACUUACACACUGGCACAGAGAAGGGAAAGAGGAUACUCCGUCUCUGAGGGGUUUGUGUGGUUCCUUAACCUCGAUGGCCAGUUACAAAUCUCUGGCCAGUCUGAAGUCCAGUGAGUAUCUGGCCAGUCCAACAACAGACAUGACCAGCCCAGGAAUGACUCCGUCCUGAGAGACAAGUAUGGACAUAUAAACAUAUACACAAACACACCGGCCUGCUUCAGAUGGUGUGGGCUUCGAAUUGGAGUGAAGAAACGAAAAGCUACCUAUCGGUACCAUCCUCAGAGCUUCUAAGAGACAUUUCAGCUAGACAAGAUGAAACCCCAGUACUGUUCAGACUGGUUUUAGUUCAAUUUGAAGUGCAAUUUCAUUUUCAGAUGUGAACAUUUGGUCGUUGAAGUCCAUAGCUAGUGUAAGCAUUAGCAUUAGUGAAUAUUGAGCAUAAUGUAUCAUGAUGAAUGACAAUCUUGACUCAGGACAUCAGUGAAUCUACCCAGUUCAAAUGUCUGCUGUUUUUGGAAAGUCCACAGAUAAAGGUUUUCAUGGUGUUUUAGUUUUUGCUUCUGUUCAUAAAAUUUGUCCUGUGUGGAAUUAUCCUGAAUUACUUUAUUACUUUUAAAUUUGAUUUAACUUCGUGUCUCACUAUUUUAUUUUAUUUUAAAUGUUUUAUUUAAUUUAAUAUUUUAUUGUAUUUUAACUUUGAUUUAAUGGCUUGUCUCACUAUUUUAUUUUAAAUACUAGAUUUAAUUUUAAUGUUUUAUUUAAUUUUAUUUAGUUUAAUUUAAGCAAAAUUUCUAGUUGCAAGCCUCUUCCUAAAACCACUUUUCUUUAUAAAUUACAUCAAUUAUUGUAAUUAAUCUAGCCCCUCUCUACACAUUUUGGUCCCUUUAAAAAAUCAAUUUUAAACUAUUUCUUUCAAAAUAUUAACAUAAACAUAUAGCUGUGAUAUUCAGUAAGAAAGAUAUAUUUGGGACUUUAACCUAAUUGUAGCUAUCAGAAAUUAUUUGAAUUGUGAGAAGUGGCUGCUCCAUAUCAGAAUUGAAAAACUGGAGCCAUAAUAAUAUUAAAUUAUGACAGAAAUGUUAACAACAAUAUUGCUUUGUUCACUUGCCUUCAUUUAUCUUUUUAGGGAGUAAGAGGAAUAUGAUUUCAGACAUUGCUCUGGUUUGCUGGAUGUGGAUGCUAAUACAUUUAUUUCUUGUCUCUGGCCUUUAACUGAAGUGUUUGAGAUUCACUCUGUCCUCUUACAUGGAGAGGUCUUACAUAUUCAUCAGUUUUGUGAUUUACAUAAUCAUACGGCACUCAAACAUUGGUUUUGCAUUUUUCCCACCGUCACUCUCAGAUAGUGGCUAAUAUGCACUGGUGUAAAGCAUUGCCAUGCAUUUAUAUAAAUAAAUAAGAAUAAUAUGGAUGAUAAAUAAUAUGGUGCAUAUCGGACUGGAACAAGAAUGUAUUCAGAAUCUAAAGAUCUUUAACUUAAUUUGUAAAUGUCUGAACUAGUUUUGUCAAUUUAAUGGGAUUAAUUAUAAAAAAUUAAGACAAAAAAAAUUAUUUGAGUUAAUCAUUUCCUCUAAUUUGUAUGUAAAUGCUGUAAUUUCCUACCUCCAGAGCAAUUCAAGCUUAAAGUACCACUUUGUUUUUGACUGUAUAAUGAGGCUGUGGACUAUAGGCCAGUGAUGUUCUGUGACAUGGACAUAAAUAAUAUAUUGACUUCAAAGCCACUUUUUUUAAUGUCCAUUUAAUGCUUUUUUUUUUUUUUAUCUGCCACAAUUCUCCUCAUUAAUGGCUUUUUUUGUGUGGUUAAUUUGAUUAUAAAACCAGAAUGUACAAUUCAUGUGCAGUAUUUAAUUAAUUUUUAAUCCAUUGACUGCCCUAGUCUGAACCCCUUUUUAUUUAAAUGGAAGGUUUAAUUUUAGAAUUAAUUGGUAAAGUUGUGUUUGAAGUUCAAGUUGAAUACUCCUAAUACUGCUGCUGAUAAUUAUUUAAAAAUAUUCCAUUAAAUAUCACUAGUGUGAUUUGAUCAUAAAACAGACCUGUUUAUAAAAUCAGUUUGAGAGGCAUGUCAAGCCAUGGGUUAUAUAUAUAUAAAAAUAAUUAAAAGUGUUAAGAAAUGUAUGAUUACUCAUGAGCAUCAGUAUAGUCAUAACAGAAAUUCCAGGGAAACACGUAUGCAGAAUUCCCUUUGUUGCUUCUCAUCAAAAAUAGUCUUGUCAGCUCGUACACAUUGCCUUGCUGAAUAUCCAUGUUCUUAGUGUUGAAGAAUGUCUCGUCUUACUGUGUGACUUCAGUUCUGUACCGCAGAAAUACAUGUUACAUGUGAAAUGCAUGUUUUACACUGUUCAGAGCUCGUCUUUUCAGAAGCCAGUACAUCUAAAUGUGCAUCUCAAGGUAUUUUUUUGAGAUUCUUACAGCACUGUUUGCUCUAAAAUGUGCAAUUAAAUGUGUAUAGUGGAAUGAAGGAAACGCAUUUAAGUGUUACCUUUCAGUUUCAAGAGUUUUAGCCUUUACAUUUGAGAAAAGUUUACACUUGUUUGAAACUCUGCAGAAUUGUCGCCUUUAUAGACAUUUUUGAAUGUAUUUAGUUUCUCAUUGCUUUGAAAUCUGUUUUUGUGAUUUGAGUUUUUCUUCCUUUAAUUUUCUGUUGCAUGGUGACAGAAAUAAAUGGGGUGAGGAUAAUGAGGGAGCACUGCGAUGAAUAUCAUAUAUUCAGCUAAUUAUAAUUUAGCCUCAAUAUGUUUAGUCAAAUUUCACUUUAUGUCCUCAUCUAUGAUCAUGUUUUUUCAAUAAAUUAAAAUGCAGGCUUGGCUGAAUGCUGGUUUUGUCUCAUUGGCUAUGUGUGCAAUGGAAUACUAGCUUACAGAGUACUUUGUAUGCAUUCAUUUUUCUGUCACACAACCUCAUCAUGUUGCAUGUUUAGUUUGGUGUUAUCAAUAUAAAUUAAUUGCAAUUGUGUAAAAACAAUGUCAACAAAUUUCUGAAAUUAAUUCUG